CACUCUGGUCACGUGUUCAAUCAGCUGUUUCCUCCCGACGUCCGCCUGACUGGGGAGUGUUUACAUUCAGUGUAAUCCCGAAGCGGUAGCCGAGGGACCGCAUGAAUUACCAAGAUCAUCGUCCAUGCGGAGAGACUUGAGCCAGAGGCUGGUCGAUGAAGACAGGUGAGCAGCCAUUGUUACGGCCAUAGUUGAUUGUUGACAUGCAGCACCCCAACUUGGAGACCAGGCACCCGCUUCAGACAGAAGACCAUGAGACUGGAUUUGACCCCUUGCAGAACUUCAACAGGGGAAGUGGAUAUGGAAUGCUGGACAGCGUGUCGUCUGCACCAUCCUCAGAGGUGGAGUCCACCUUCCUGUCAUACAGAAAAGAAUGGGACGAGUUAUUUUCGAACAGCAACUACCUGGCGAGGAUCCGGCAGGCCGGGAUUAACGGGAGGCUGAGGAGCAGCAGGUUCCGGAGCAUGUGCUGGAAGCUUUAUCUGGACGUCCUUCCUGAGGACAAGAAUCAGUGGAUCAACAAGACAAAGGAGCUGCGAGCUCAGUACGAGAAGAUUAAAGAAACGCAUAUAACCAACCCACGCAAAGCUGCGGGACAGCAAGACCUCGUGGUGAACAACCCAUUAUCACAGGACGAGGGUAGCCUUUGGAACAAAUUCUUCCAAGAUAAAGAGCUUAGAGGGAUGAUCAAGCAAGAUGUGCUGAGGACGUUCCCGGAGAUGCAGUACUUCCAGCAGGAGGACGUGAGAACCAAGCUGACAGACAUCCUGUUUUGCUACGCGCGAGAAAACGAACAAUUACUCUACAAGCAGGGCAUGCACGAGCUGCUGGCCCCCAUCGUGUUCAUCCUGCACUCGGACCAUCAGGCCUUCCAGCACGCCAGUGAGACUGCGUGCCCCAGUGAGGAGAUGAGGUCCCUGUUGAACCCGCAGUUCCAUGAACAUGACGCUUAUGCCAUGUUCUCUCAGCUCAUGGAGACAGCUGAGCCCUGGUUCUCCAGCUACGAGCGAGAAGUCCGCAAGGGUAAGGAGGAGAUGAUGACCAGCAUGCCCUUUGCCAGACCACAGGAUGCAGGCCCGUCUGUCGCCAUAGUGACAAAGGUCAACCGCAUCCAGGACCAGCUCCUGAAGAAGCAUGACAUUGAGCUGUAUAUGCACCUUAACCGGCUGGAGAUCGCCCCACAGAUCUAUGGGAUCCGGUGGGUGCGCCUGCUGUUUGGCCGCGAGUUUCCCCUGCAGGACCUCUUGGUGGUUUGGGACGCCCUGUUCGCCGACAGCAUCACCCUGGACCUGGUCGACUACGUUUUUGUGGCCAUGCUGCUGUACAUCAGAGACGCCUUAAUUGCCAGUAACUUCCAGACGUGCCUGGGCUUGCUCAUGCACUACCCACCGAUUGGGGACGUCCAUGCCCUGCUGCAUAAAGCGCUCUUCCUGCGUGACCCCAAGAACCACCCCAGGCCGGGAAACUACCAGUUUCAGCAGAACCUGGACUAUUACAAGACCCGUGGUGCCGACCUCAUGAACAAAACCCGAGCUAAUGCCAAAUCAGCCCCCCUCAACAUCAACAAGGUGUCCAACAGCCUGCUGAAUUUUGGGAGGAAGCUGAUCGCCCCGGCCAUUGCCGGCACAGUCUCUCCCAUGGGUGGCGAGGCUCUGUCUGCCCCCCCCCCCACGGUGCCGCGCUCCACGGCCGAACCCUGUGCCCCCGCCCCCAGCAGUCACACGCAAGCUCAAGGCCAGCACCGCCUACUCAAGUCAGAGAGCAUGCCCGUGCAUCUGAGCAAAGAUGUAGGUGCAGGUGGAGCUGCACACGUCUCUGCUCCCGCCACCCAGAUCCUUUCUGACGUCCAAGGUCAGAGCUCCAGAACUGUCAGCUCGUCUCCCAGCGUCGAGAGUCUAUCUGGGGGCCGGGACCCCAGCACGGCCUCCCCGCCCCUGUCUGCCACUAAGAAAGACUCCUUCUUCACCAUCUCCCGCUCCCGCUCGCACAGCAAGACCAUGGGCAGGAAGGAGGCAGAGGAGGAGCUAGAGGCCCAGGUGUCCUUCCUGCAGGGCCAGAUCAAUGACCUGGAGGCAAUGUGCAAGUACUGUGCCAAGAUGAUGAACAUGCACAUCGGGAAGAUCCAGGACGUCAUCCUGCAGGAGAAGCUGGAGAAGGAGGACGAGGUGCUGGUGUCGCUGGCCGGGCUCAAGCAGAUCAAGGACAUCCUGAAAGGCUCCCUGCGCUUCAACCAGAGCCAGCUGGAGGCCGAGGAGAACGAGGAGAUCACCAUCGCCGACAACCACUACUGCUCCAUGGCCCCGAAGGGGGGGGUUCGUGGCGGGCCCCAGGAGGCAGAGCAUGUGGGGGGGUCGCCGCUCGACAUGCAGGCUGCAGAGUCAGGCCUGAACCCAGAGGGGAAGAACUGGGACGACUACAUCCUGAUCUCGCAGGACGAGGACAUACAGCCCAGGCAGGCGGAGGAGAAGAGGUCUGGGGUCCAACCCCCGAGGUCCGGCCAGGGGCAUCCGCAACUGGAGCAGGAGACGGGCGGCUCGUUCCACGACCCCCUGAUGAGCACUCCGUCGGGGUCCUCCAGUCCAGAAGAGGGCAGCACCCACAGCAAGGACUCCGACUUCACGAUAGUCAAUCCUAUGGACCUGUGAAAACCCACUGAAAUAUGGCCGCUUUCAGCUGGUGGACAAAAAGGUUCUGUGUACCUAUAACAAAUUAGAACAGCCCCCGCCAUGCUGAGUCGCCCUCAUGCAAGUAUGGAGGCUCUGGGAGCUUGUUUUCCCCCAUAAAGGUCUAACACCCCCCACCCUGUCCCUAACACACCCCGAGUUCUUAGACAAGUGACCAAUCACAUCGGUCUGUUUCUUUUUUAAUCCCCUAAAUUUAAAGGCAAAAUGAAUAAAUAUCUAAGGUAGUUUUUUUUUUUUUAAUUGUGAUUAUGAAUCUUCUUUUUUAACCCUUACUUUGGACAGUCCUGAUGGCUGCCGUGUACAAACUGCAAUAUCCACCAAAUAUUAAUAAAUGAUAGGAACAGAUCGUUCUUUAUAGUAACAAA